GAGCACUGAAACGUUUCCCCGUGCGUCGUCUUAAUUCUACGAAGUCUUCAUACCCCGGCCGGAUAUCAAUCGCUAAAAUGCCGUUCACCCUGCAGGUUCCUAGCGAAUAUGGCUACAUCUUGACUGUGGCCUCGGCCUCAUUCUUUGUUAAUACCUACCACUUCUUCCUGUCGGCCUCGGCGCGCAAGGGCAGCGGCCUCAAGUACCCGAUCCCCUAUGCGACGGAGGAGCAGGCUGCCAAGAGCCCUGCCGCCUUCAAGUUCAACUGUGCACAACGCGCGCAUGGCAACUUUGUCGAGAACGUCACCCCAUUCUUGGGCGCGCUUCUGAUCUCCGGUCUGCGAUACCCCACGGCGAGUGCAGCGCUUGGUGCCGCAUGGGUGAUCGGCCGUGUUUGGUACGCCGCUGGUUAUGUCUCACGCGGCCCGCCAGGACGUAUUGGUGGUUUCACCAUCUCGUCGCUCAGUGAUUUGGCACUCAAGGCCAUGGCCUUGUGGACUGGUGUACAAAUGGUGCUCGAGUCAGCGUAAAUUGAUGUUGCGAUAUUGCCAGGGGCGGAGGCAGAUGUAUACUAGCAUGUGAUUAUAUGGAGAUGAUCUCAACUCUGACGAGCGAGGAUGGCAGCUCUGAUAAACGAGGAUGGAUUGAAUACAGAACAUACUCGGUACAAGACGUUUCAAACUGCACACGCAGAAUUGUGCUGAAAAGUGACAUGGCGGUAUUUAAGGGGGGGGAAGGGAGACAACGCGGACAGCAGCGAUCAGAGGUUUUCCGCCUCGAAUAGAUUGUUAGAGCAUCUGGGCAGCAACAUGCUCAAAUACGAGGAACGAAUGGAUUCCAUUUAGAGUAUUGUGUACGGGUACUGUGCCAAUUGUAGAGUGAAGACGUCCUCAUGAAUUAGCACCAAGGCAAAUGAGCAGGGUAAGAUGAGGUAACUUAAGUUAGGUACGUGUUAAGUUAC